AAGCAUCUCACUCUCCAGUCUUCAGUGUCCACUCUCCUCUCAUGGGAACAGUAUACCCAAACCCGAUCACGCCAUCGGAAACCCGAAUCGGGUGGAUCGGAAUAGGCGUAAUGGGUGGAGCCAUGGCCUCUCGCCUCCUCAGAGCGGGCUACACCCUCACCAUCUACGCUCGCAACCCAUCACACCCUAAUUCCCUCGCUCUUCAAUCCCAAGGUGCCUCCCUCGCCGAUUCCCCAGCCCAACUCGCCCAAUCCACCGACGUCCUUUUCACCAUGCUCGGCCACCCAUCAGACGUUCGAUCCAUCCUCCUCGACUCCUCAAACGGCGUCGUUUCCGGCCUGCGCCCUAACUCCGUCACCGUCGACACCACCAGUUCACACCCCGACCUCGCCAGGGAGAUCUUCGCGGCAUCGCGAGCCAAAGGCGGGUGGUCCGUCGACGCCCCCGUCUCCGGCGGAGACAUCGGCGCCAGGGAUGGUAAACUCGCCAUCUUCGCAGCGGGGGAAGCGUCGGUGGUGGAAUGGUUAAAGCCCUUGUUUGGGAUUAUGGGGAAGGUGACCUACAUGGGUCCCGCAGGGUGCGGACAGAGCUGCAAGAUAGCGAAUCAGAUCACAAUUGGGGCCAAUUUGAUUGGGCUUAGUGAAGGGUUGGUGUUCGCGAAGCGUGCGGGUUUGGAUUUGGGGCAGUUCGUCGAUGCUAUUAGAAAUGGUUCUGCGGGUUCUAAGGCACUGGAGUUAUUUGGGGAGAGGAUGAUUAAGAGAGACUUUCGCCCCGGUGGUUUCGUUGAGUAUCAGGUUAAGGAUUUGGGAAUGGGUGUGGAUGUUGUUGAGGAAAGUGAUGAUAAUAAGGUUGUUGUCUUGCCUGGAGCUUCCUUGUAUAAACAGUUAUUUUCCAGUAUGGUUGCUAUUGGACAUGGCAAGCUUGGCACUCAGGGUGUUAUCUCUGUUAUUGAGAGGAUCAAUGGGGAUGAAAUUUGAUACUCUCUUAAAGCAUGGUUAGAUAUAACUCACUAUGGUAAACUUUGUGAUAUGUAAUAAAUAAAUUUGAAAUUGGAAACUAAACUGUAUUAUCUUUUCAUAGCUUCGUUUAAGUAUUGUUAUUACUGUAAGUGCUAAUUCAUUUUUGUGGUGUAAAACCGACAGCUAAUGCUUGAUAGUACUGCUGUUAAUGUUCUAAAAACUGGAACAUGAGGUAUAAAUGUCAAGUGU